CUUUGAACAGAUUAGUUCAUUGGAGUUGCAAAACUAUUUGAUCAAAAAUGGCAGGUGUUGUAAGACAGGUAUGUCGUGUUGGUGGUGCAGUAAGACGACAUGGUGUUAGGUCAAUGUCAACAGGUAGUCAAGGAUUGUCAUUUGAAUUAACUCAAGAACAGAAAGAAUAUCAAGAUUUGGCCAGAAAGUUUGCUAGAGAAGAAGUAAUACCUGCAGCACCAGAACAUGAUAAAACAGGAAAGUAUCCAAUCGAAAUUUUGAAAAAGGCCUGGGAAGUUGGAUUAAUGAAUAGCCAUAUAUCUCCUAAAUAUGGUGGAUUAGGGUUGGGAGUUUUAGAUGCCUGUAUUAUAACAGAAGAAAUAGCUUAUGGUUGUACUGGUAUACAAACAGCUAUUGAAGCUAACUCUCUAGGGGAAAUGCCAGUCAUUAUUGCUGGUAAUGAAGAUCAGAAGAAGAAAUAUCUUGGUAGAAUGAUAGAGGAACCUUUAAUGUGUGCGUAUGGUGUAACAGAGCCAGGAGCAGGUUCAGACGUAGCUGGUAUUAAAACUAAAGCUAUUAAAAAGGGAGAUGAUUAUAUUUUAAAUGGACAGAAGAUGUGGAUAACCAAUGGAGGUGUAGCUAAUUGGUAUUUUGUAUUAGCUAGAACUGAUAUGGACCCUAAAACAUCAACAGGAAAGGCUUUCUCUGGUUUUAUUGUAGAGAGAGAUUGGGCAGGGGUUAACCCUGGUCGAAAGGAAAUCAAUAUGGGACAAAGGGCCUCUGAUACACGAGGUAUAACGUUUGAAGAUGUUAGAGUUCCUAAAGAGAAUUUACUUGGUGAAGAAGGUAUGGGAUUUAGAAUUGCUAUGGGAGCUUUUGAUAGAACUAGACCACCAGUGGCAGCAGGUGCAGUAGGUUUAGCUCAAAGAGCUUUAGAUGAAGCAACUAAAUAUUCAUUGGAACGUAAAACUAUGGGGAAAUUUAUUUGUGAGCAUCAAGCAGUAUCAUUUAUGUUAGCUGAGAUGGCAAUGGGUAUUGAAGCAUCAAGAUUAUUAACAUUGAAAUCAGGUUAUGAAAUAGACAAUGGUAGAAGAAAUACUUACUAUGCCUCUAUGGCUAAAGCUAUGGCAGGAGAUGUAGCUAAUAAAUGUGCUAGUGAUGCUGUUCAGAUAUUUGGAGGAAAUGGUUUCAACUCAGAAUAUCCUGUAGAAAAGUUAAUGAGAGAUGCUAAAAUAUAUCAGAUUUAUGAAGGAACGGCUCAAAUUCAACGAUUGAUCAUUUCUCGAGAACAUAUAGCCAAGAUGAAACAAACUAUGUAAAAUCAGGAAUGUAUUAAAGAAUCUCUAGAGAAUCAACUAGGGAAAAUCAGUCUACCUCACAAAAUGAUAUAAAACAGAUAACAUUGCAGCUCAAUUUCAUUUUCCUUUUUUCUCACUGUUCAUCUGAAUCAAAGAAUGUGGCAUUUCUUAUUUUAUGUCAGGCAUGAAAAUUAUAUCUCAGACUUACUGUAUUCAGUUUAAUGAUAGAGGUGUGUACAUCAUAUAUUUAUAUAACUUAAUGUUUCAUUUAAUAUACAUUUAUAACAACUGUUCAAUGUCUUUCAUCAUCUUCUUUUAAAUUCAUUUUCUCAAAUCAAAAAGUUUUCCUGUCAUAGAGAAAUUUUGUCAAGUAUAAUUUAUUAAAAUCCAUGCCAUGUUUUGGUUAUAUACUAAGAUGUAUAUUUACUUCUGCCAAACAGGAAGUAGAUGACUUUGUCAUUGAAUUGAAAUUAUGGUGGUCAUAAUACCAAUAAAUAUAUAUCAAAGCCAGACAAUGUGGUGCCCCUGACAAAUUUAAAUGAUGAACAUAAUUAACAGUGCUCUUGUUUAAUAUGCCUGUGUUCUGAUUAUUAAUUUAAUGACUUAUUUAAAUUGUAAAUAUAAUGAUUAAUGUAAAUUUAUUGUUAAAAUUGUUCAUGUUUCUAUUUACAAUAAAUAUUAUUGAAACCUAU